GACAUAUUUCCAUUUAAAAUAACAAAAGUGAUAUUAAAACACGAAAUAUAUCUUGGAAGUAUGGAAACUAUAUAGAUGUAACGAACAUAAUAUGUGUGUUGUACGUAACAUUCAUACCUGUCACACCUUCCUCUAUAAAUUAUUCAACCAUGCAAUCAUCACUUCCCAAUCAUCCUUAAGAGUCCCAUUGAAUACAGAAAUGGUGAAGUCAAUGGUGUGCAUUGUUCUCGCUCAAUUCUUACUUGCUGCGCUCUUACCUCUUUCUAUGUGUUAUCGAACACAUGAAUGCACAAGCGCGGCCUCUCUCUCCCCUUGGUUUUACGACAACUCCUGCCCGAAAGCACAAGCCAUCGUUCAAUUUUUCGUCGCCAAAGCAUACUCCAUUGAUCCUCGCAUGGCUGCCUCACUGCUUAGGCUCCAUUUCCAUGAUUGUUUCGUCAAUGGAUGUGAUGCUUCCGUCCUUUUGGACAGUAGUGGAACCAUAGAAAGCGAGAAACGAUCAACUUCAAAUCGAGACUCUGCUCGAGGUUUCGAAGUCAUUGACGAGAUUAAGUCUGCCUUGGAAUAUGAAUGUCCUGAGACAGUUUCUUGCGCCGAUAUCUUGGCUCUCGUUGCUAGAGACUCCGUUGUAAUUUCUGGUGGACCGACUUGGGAAGUAUAUCUUGGAAGAAGAGAUGCAAGAGAAGCAAGCUUGAGUGGUUCCAUGGAGAAUAUUCCUUUUCCCGACUCCACGUUACAGACAAUUGUCAACAUGUUCAACCUUCAAGGACUCGAUCUCACUGAUCUUGUUGCCCUCUUAGGGAGUCACACGAUAGGAAACUCGAGGUGCUUGAAUUUCCGACAAAGGUUAUACAACCAUUCUGGAAACAACGACCCCGACCAGACUUUGAAUCAAAACUACGCAGUCCCAUUGAAUACAGAAAUGGUGAAGUCAAUGGUGUGCAUUGUUCUCGCUCAAUUCUUACUUGCUGCGCUCUUACCUCUUUCUAUGUGUUAUCGAACACAUGAAUGCACAAGCGCGGCCUCUCUCUCCCCUUGGUUUUACGACAACUCCUGCCCGAAAGCACAAGCCAUCGUUCAAUUUUUCGUCGCCAAAGCAUACUCCAUUGAUCCUCGCAUGGCUGCCUCACUGCUUAGGCUCCAUUUCCAUGAUUGUUUCGUCAAUGGAUGUGAUGCUUCCGUCCUUUUGGACAGUAGUGGAACCAUAGAAAGCGAGAAACGAUCAACUUCAAAUCGAGACUCUGCUCGAGGUUUCGAAGUCAUUGACGAGAUUAAGUCUGCCUUGGAAUAUGAAUGUCCUGAGACAGUUUCUUGCGCCGAUAUCUUGGCUCUCGUUGCUAGAGACUCCGUUGUAAUUUCUGGUGGACCGACUUGGGAAGUAUAUCUUGGAAGAAGAGAUGCAAGAGAAGCAAGCUUGAGUGGUUCCAUG